UCAUUGGAGUUCUAAUCUGGUCUAUAGAAAGUAUAGGUUGAAUACUGUAACUGUAAUUUAUUCUUCUUUACAGUCAGGAAACAUUUUAACCGAACGGGUCUGAUAUUCUGAGCAUAUUAGCCUAAACACAAAUGUGAUUGCCUUAGAAUCCCCAAACCACCCCAUCAGAUUUAGAGCAGAAGAGCAUGCAAAAUGUCCAAACCCAACUCAACAGAUGGGAAGAGUGCCCUGGUGCAGGCGCUGAGGAAGGCCUCUCCUACCAGCACCACUGAAUCCGACUCGUACCAGGAGUGCAGCAAGUUUUUGGUUACCGCCUACCCUACAAGAGGAGAUGAGGGCGGUGCAGUCUGGGCGAUUAGAGGCUCGCAGGGGUCAGAGUUACAGAGAAGUAGGGGGACGUUGGUGGAAGAGAGCUCAAAGGAGAAAGCUCACAGGAUGUGGAAGUUCCUCAGGUCGGGAAUGAAGCAGAACAUGGACGAGAUGAUCGGCUUAGAUAACAAACCCAGCGUUCUCAUCCACGGCCUCCAGCACUUGUGCCAUUUCCCCUCCGUCGACCCAGUGCUCCACAUGACCUACGGCGAGGGGGCGGCAGGUUUCGUCAGCCUUCACAGGAAUGGCGUUGUCACUUUCUACCACCCAGACGGGCGUCUCCGAGACGCCCCAUGCACCUCCGUUCCCUAUGCGGGCCUCACGUCCACUCGACUCCCUGGGCGUCUGGCGGGCUGGGGCCCCGGGUCGAGGCUAACGCUGCUGGACGGCGAGCUGAGGCUCCUCGCGGACGCUCUGGACCCCCUGGAUGUGCGGGUGUGCCAGGUCACGGAGCGGUCCCUGGAGCUGGUGACGGCGGGUAUGGGGAACGUGUGUGUGUGGUGUCUGACUCCCAUGGUGUGCCAGGUGAGGGUGACAGAGGGCUUUGGGCACGACAGCAUUUUUACCCAGCUGGCGUUGGCCCCGGGUGGUCCCGAGAGACCUCACAGGGCCUUUGUCUUUUACCGCAAUGCUGUGGUGGUUGUUAACCUCACUGCCGGGCACGUUUUGGAACACAGAAGGAACCUCCACCCACGGGAUAUCACUGCACUGGCUUACAGCUCUUCUUCAGAUUGUGUGGUCACUGCAUCUAAAGAUGUGUCCAUUCGAGUGUGGGGUCCCGACUGGAGCCUGCAAAUGGCAUUCGUAGGGCACUCGGGUCUGGUGACCUCUCUGGUUAGCUGUCCUGAGUCCGGCCUGCUGCUCUCUGCCUCCCUGGACGGGACGCUGCGUUCCUGGAGCCUGGAAGAGGGCGACCAGGUUCAGUGUGUCCUCUUCCAAGGAGUGGCGCCCCCUGUGGCCCUGGGGGGUCCCAUGAAAGGGGCCACCUUCUAUACAUUCUCCCAGCGUGGGGUGGACUUCUGGACCAGCACCAGCCUGUAUGAUCUACACUGCAGGCUUGGAGGGAAACUGGGCGGCCCGGUCAGACAGAUACUGGUCACCCCUUCCCAGCCUCCCUACCCCACACGCGUGCUCUGUGUCAGUGGGGACAGUGACAUCACACUGGUCGCCGCGGAGACGGGGGACGUCCUGACCUCUUUCAGCGCAGGGCGGCGGGUGAGGUGCGCAGAGUACUGCUUGACUAAAGAGAUGGCGCUGGUCCUGAUGGAGGACGGAGCGCUGAUCUGGGCCAGCACGCUGACCAAUCCAGCGACACUCGUGGAUGAGCUGGAGGGGUUCGGGCAGCGGCCGUGGCAGAGGGAGGAGCAGACAGACAUUGAGGGGGAUAAGGGGCUCGCAGGGCCCGGCCCGGCCUCCUGCAUGGUACUCUACAGCAACAUAGCCGACGGACAGAGAGCACUGGAGGACUGGAAGAGCCUGCAGGAUCGCAGAGGCCAAAGACCCAGCAACAAGAAACCUCUUCAAGACGCCAAGAAUCGGUUCCUGGUGAUGUCGGGGCACGACCAUGGCUGUGUGAGCGUGCUGAGGCUGGAUACGGGCAAGCUGCAGUACCGGACCCCAGCCCACCACGGCCAGAGAAUCCCCUCCCUGGAGGCAGACCCGGAGCACAGCUACCUACUCACUGCAGGCGAGGACAAGGCGGUGCUGGUCUGGAAGGUGUUCCCCUACGCCCAGGAGUGUCUCAGUCUGCUCUUGAACAUCGUCUGUGGGCAGCCUCCGCUCCGCUUGGCCCUGCUGGGGCCUCUGCUGGCCCUGGCCUUCCAGGAGCCCGCUACCGCCACCUAUGGGCUGGUGCACUUCAAUCUGCUCAACCAGAGUCGUGCCGACCAUGAGCCCAGCGAUGACCAUCUGGACGCUAUCACAGGUCUCUGUGUGUGCCCGCCUCUCAGAGUCUUUGCCUCCAGCAGUCAGGACGGAACAGUUCGCCUCUGGGAUGAAGAGAACUGCCUCCUCAGGACCAUCCACCUGAGUGCAGAGCCUGAGUGUCUGGCCUACAGUGGGGAGAGAGGAGACCUGCUCCUGGGCAUCAGAGGGGACCUGUACAGGAUACGCAGCACCCAUCUGCCCCACGACUUCCAUCUCCAGCUCUGUACUGAGAUGUCAGAUACUGUCCCUGACCAGCCCAUCAAUCCCACCCCAACGACCAAGACCAAGGGGUGGGGGAAUUGGAAUGAAUACACCCCUGGAUUUUGUCCUAACCAGGGGCCUGUGGUUUCUGCCAUGCCAGAGGAACAACCCCAGGGAAAGCAAGACCUGAACAAAGACCCUGUGUACGAGGGGUUGCUGGCUCGGAACAGAGACCUGGCAUCACUUCAGGAGGGCACCGCAGAGAGAAAGAAGAGGAAACCCCCAGCUACCCCAAUAACCAGAAAGGAGGCCUUCGACCGUUACAUGAGGAUGAUCUACAGCCCGCUUUUCAAUAUCAAGGUCGGCGAUGAGGACAUGUUUGAUCUUCACGCAGCUCUGUUUCCUCCGAAACUCCCCGAGCUUCGCCCGCUCACCCCACCCGCUUCCAGGGAGGGCUUCUUCCCGAACUCCAAUUUGGCCAAACCUUUGCCACCCGUGACCAAUCCGGGGCAGGUUGGUGAGCCAGCUCCAGCGCAGAGAAACCCAAUGGGCUUCAAACCUAACUCGGUGCUGGUGGGCCAGCUGUGGCCAGACGUGGUGGUGGAGAACACAGUCCCGAAGAAGACAUUUAGGCUGACAUUUAGGGAACCCCCGUGCCCAGAGCAGGAGGUGGCGGAUGAAACCGAUGACGUCAAGCUUCUGGUUCAUCGGAUCGACGAGGAACUGGACAUAUGUCCCCCUGUAAUGCUGGUGGGUACCCCCCCAGAACACGAGAGCCCCCCGCUUCCCCCUCCCCUGCCUGAGAAACCAGCCUACGCAGAGAAGACACCGAAACCGGGAACACUACCACCCACUCCCCCUAGAACAUGGACACCGUCCCCGCCUCGCACAUCCAUCCCAGAGAUCCCUGGAUUCCUCAGACAGUUUCUGGAGGAGGACUGGUUUAAGGGCAUCUACCCAGACCAAAGGCUUAUCCAAGGGUCACUGUGCCCAGAAGAAUUCUCCAUGCAGAUUCUGGAACACAUGCAGGCUUGUGGAGACCAGCCCAAGUUGAAGAUGCUGGAUGCGCUGCUCGCUCUGUGCCAACAGGGGGAGCUACAUGACACAAAGCAGCUCAGCAAAGGGCUUUUGGUCACUCUGCGCAAAAGCAUCUCAUCGAAUAUGACCAACGAUGAGCGGCGGGUGGUAAGUGAAAUUGUCAAUGUGUUGGUGUGUGUGAGUCCUGACAGCAACGAGAUCAUCAUGACAUUACUCACUCUGCUGGCCCACAAAGACCUAAAGCUACGGAGCAUGGUGCUGUGUCUGCUGAAGGAGAUGGGCGUGAAGGAGGCUGACCCAUGGCUGGUCCUCCAGGUUGAUUCUUGGGGCUCCAUAGCCCGGGACCAAACCGACUGCUGGGAGAGCCUGAGUGAGAUGGCUGCAGAAUGGCUGGAUUGCUUGACCUCAAAAUACCAGAUGCAGAACCGGGCUAUAUUUCUAACGGAGACCGGGAAUAAAAACCUAUUCACAUGUGUGGACGUGCUCAAUUACUUCUGCCAGGAAAGGGCAGAGUCGUUGAAUGCACCGCCCAUCCCACAAGAGGGACGCAAAAGAACUGUAUUGCUCCUCCCUAAAUCCCUCAGGUCUAAGCCAAUCCAGCGUCUUGGAGAGACCUACACCAUGUCGAGAAUACGCAGACCUCCAGGUGUGAUCCUGCCCCCUCUCCCAAACCGGCCUGUUCUCAUGGGCUUCACCCGUUUCCUCACCCUGCCCCUGCCCAAGGUCAGCCCGCUCCCCUUUCGGGUCCACGCGGACCAGCACCGUCUUGAGGCCUCACCACGACGCUACUUCCUCCUGGAGCAGUCCUAUGUGAAUUAUUACAGAUAAGUCUCCCAGGCAGCCAGGUUUUACUCCCUCAGCCAAGAUUUUUCCACCUCUCCAACAAUGACCAGCCAAACAGAAAACGCCUUGUUUAAAUGAAACAUAUCUUUAGU